AUGACACACCAUUACAGCGCCGACGCUUGCGAGGAUGAUAGCAUCAUGGUCCUGGCAAACGAGCAGCUGGAAUGUGAGCUACUCGAAAGUCAGAAAACCCCCUCGUUAUAUGCCUAUCCUCCCGGCGCGUGGUUUUUCGGAAUUUUUCCCGGCUACAUGAAAGAUUGGACACAAGCAAAUGCUUUUCGAGAAUUGUAUCAAAAUUGGAAAGAUGCCCUCAUGGAAAGAUUCGAGCUUGACCGUCAGAGCUUCCAGCCAGUCUUGGAAGACCACAGUGGUGGUCUUUCAAUUAUUGUUCCCGACCGUAACCUUGCCGAUCGGCCAGCGGAAAGUGAUGAUCGACGCGCCCUGGGUUUCAUCCCCAUCGCAAAUGCUUGCAUGCGACUCCCCAUCAAUGCCCUUGGUAUGGGAUUCUCAACUAAAGACGCCCACGACCGUCUUGUGGUGUGUCACGGCGAGGGUCUCAAGCCGGCGGCGUUGGUUCUCUCUCGAGAUGGCUUUCAGGACAUCCGCGGACUCACCUACCCUUCCGAUAUCACUUCCACACCACACGGCGACUUGAUUCUUGAUCCCCAGCUUCGAGGUCAGCUGUAUCACAAUGGGAUCACCUUGACCAAUUCCACCGUGGGUGGCGCAUUCCUCUUCGCGUACAAGUUCGCCUAUUCGACCACCUGCCGCGACCGUGGCAGACUGGCAUCCUGGCGGGAUGCGGCUCGCCAAGUACAACAGACAUGGGAGGAAGCUCUACGCAAGCAGGAAGACACCCAUCUUGCCUCUACUUGUCGAUCUCCUGCGGAGGCACGCCCGUUCCGCCGACGCCGAGAUGAUAGGCCCUCUUUGAGAGCCACCGGCGGCGCUUCGGAUCUGGCAAUACUUGCUGCGCGAACCGCGAAUACAAUCCGGGACAGCCUCGGCAAACGCUCCGCACGCCUGCCCGACACGCUGUGGCACAUACUGCGUGCCCACUGCCCCAUCCGAACCGUCGAAGAGGAUCGGCAAGAGCUGUUCAAGGAUGCGAAGCCCUGCGUCAUUCCAAACACAACAUGUGCAAGAACAGUCGACCGCGCGUUGCGAGCCUGA